UGACUGAAGUUUCACUUUGUAAUCAGUCUAGAGAUUUCUCUAGAGUGUAUCCACAAAUAUCCGACAAAUAUGACGGCUGACAGACUUCAAUGGCAGAAUCAACUGAGGUUUCACUUGGAUGUUCCAUGUGCUCCUCUGGUAACGACAGUCGGACCACCCGCUCCGAUCGUCAUUGAGAGAUUAGGGCGCACACAGAGUCAGAGUGCCGAAAGUCUCAAAUCUAGUCAUGGAUCAUAUUAUCAACCACCAUUUAACUUCACUGCGAUAUCAGAAGAGCGUCUACAGAUGGCGUCGUUCCUCGCGAGCAGGGACGUAAAACGACACCAGAUGGCGGAAAAAUUAUUUGCGGUCACCGGCGAGCCACCGACGGAUGUUUCACACCUGCAGUCGACACCUGUGAUGGGCGUGCAGCAUCGCCAGCGCCACCACAGCACUCAGGUCUCCAGUACGCAUGCAGUCACCUUACCGAGAAGUAGCACCGAGAGCGAAGGCAAUUAAGACAAGUGGACACGAAAACAUCAUUAACAAGUCUAGUGUCGCUAGUCCGAUCGAGAAAACUGGCAGAUCGCUCAUUUGGCAACACGCCUCCUCGGCGAGAUAAGGGACCAGUGCGCAGGCACCCUUCCCAAGCACGACCAGAUGAAAUACGUGAGAUCAGUCGGCUUAGCAAGGAAAUACACAAGUACUCCAGCAUAGAGCAGUUAGGUGGCGUAUGUAAGCCUGAAGUGGUGGAGGUGAGGGAGGAAGAGGAGGGGGCACUGAAGGUGAGAAGGGCUGCUGAGCAAGCCAAGAGGACCGUUAGGAUAUUGUACACUCAGCAGCAGAGGCUGAGGGACCUGCAUGCCGACCGAGAUGCCAUCCGUAACAGACGUGGUGGCGCCAUGAGUCGCAUGCUGCUCGUACAUCAGGUCGGUGCGAGAGCACUGCAAGUGUACGCGCGACACUCCGGCUACCACGCCGACCACGACCGACGCCGCGUCCACACCCAGCUGCUCACGCUCCUGCAGCUGCUGACGCUCUGCUGUUUACAGAUGGAGCUGGACGUCGAUGGGCUCGCGGUGGAUGAUAGCAUGGUGCUGCGAGAGAGGAACGGAGACCAGGCGAGCGACCUGAGAAGCAGAUUGCGCGAGGCUUACUCGUCAGCGCCCCCUACCGGACACCGUCGGAACUUCAACGACGAAACAGAGCGAUUCGCCGUGGAAAACGUCCGACCCACAGGCAGACCUCCUUGGAACUCAGAUUUUGGCCCGGAUAGGUUGGAUGUAGGAUCGGUGCCUGCAUCGAGGAAAGCUGUGAUUCUUCCUCCAAGCUUACAGAGGAGCAGGGCGCGAAUGCAGAGGAUUGUGACAGUAAAGGACACUCGGCAAGGGCCAGGCUUUUACGCAGGAACAAUAGCUUUUAACGAACGCAUAAAAAGCCCUGCGAGACCGAAACUAAAAGUGGUGCCAUCUGCGGGUGCAAGACGGAACAAAUCGCCCCUAAAGAAAACCGGCAAACUGGAAACUCGACCCAUGCACCCGCCUCGUUGCCUCGCUUCCCGUCGCACGAAAGAGGAGAGGCUUCCCCCGCGGGAGAGGCUUCAGACGACGGGCGGAAACGAAGGAGCGCUCGAGUUUGCGCAGAAUGUGACGGACGCGGUGACGGACGCACAGCUGAAGAUGGCCGACAUCCUACAACCCAUGCUGGCAGACGCUCAGCGUGUGGCAGCGCACCAUGCUGCCAUCUGUAGGCAGGUAGAAGAAUCGAUCGCACCGAGUCUCUCCGAGAAAUCUGUCGAUAAGGUGGCGCCAUCGUUGGAUCCACAGCCUGCAAGAGCUGCAGAUGAUCAGAGCAGGGACAAACACGUGGAUGCUGCACGGCGAAUAGAAGUUGAUGCACAGUGCCUCCAGGUGGCACCAGAUUUAGAGAGCAUACUGCAGACGCUAGAGAGGAUGGAAAUGGAAACGGAUCUGAUACGUCAACGUUGGGCUGAGAUUCAAUACCAUGACCAAAAUACAUAUCAUAUAGGUGUAAUCGAUUCUGACGUGAUUGCUUCAGAAGGACAAGUGACAUGCUCUCCAGCACCACUAGAAAUACACACCACGUCUCAUCGUGCGUCGAAAGAGCCAUUACCAAAGUCCGACAGCACCGGUGCAGCAAGAGAAGAUGGCCGGAGUCAUUCACAGAGAGCAGCAGCAGUAGUACAGCCAGCUUCUAUCGUGUUCACAAAGCCUCACCGUGAAGAGAGUCGCCGUGUGUCACUAGGGCAGGCGGACCGACAAAGCUCUACCGAUACAGAGACAGGUACAGAGACACAGAGAGAGAGAGAGAGAGAGAGAGACAGACAGAGAGAGAGAGACAGAGAGAGAGACAGAAGGAGCACGGCAGUUCCCUAUCAGGCUUGUGGUACCCAUCGACGAGGUGACGCGUCUAGAAGCCGACAGAUCUGCCUUCCAACAGCACAUGCAGUGGCUAGCAAGUGGCUACGGUGUCUCCCCCUGUCAGCUACUGACUGCAGUCGAUCAGGUGAUUGCAGAAGGCAUCGAUGCAGUGCUCACGGACGGAGCAGCUAAUCUAGAGAGGAUCCUCGGCGACUGCUGAGAGGUGUACGAUGACGAGUUUUCUCUCCUCCUCCCACAGUAACUGUAUCCUCCCCCUCCCCAACCUGUACGAGUUUUGAGUUGUGUGUGAGUUUUGUACAUACCGAUUGUGAAGAGUCGAAAUCAAAAAAUAAAAACGGUUUCUGUGUGUUUACAAAAA